AUGGGGGGGAAGUUGUGGGGGAGGAAAGGGGGGGGUUGGUAUGAGGAAGAGUGUAAGGUGGGGAAGGGGUGGUUGUGGGGUUAUGUGGUUGUUUUUGGGGGGGAUAGUGUUGGGGUUGGGGGGUUGGUUUUGGGAGGGGGGGGUGAAAGUGUGGGUGGUGGGGGGGGGGGGGUUAUUUGGGUUAUGGGUGUGAAGGUAUUGGGGGAGGUAUGGGGGGUUGGGAUGUGGGGGGGGAAUGGGAGAGAUGGGGGGGUUGUAUUAUUGUGGGGGGUGGGGAAUAAGAAAUGA